AAGAAACCGGAGAAGUCAAAAUGGGUGCCACCACCGCGAACACUACCAGAACCUUAUGAAAUGCCACCAGAUGAGAAGAAAUUGUGCGAUAUCUUGAAAGAAGAGAAAAUUCCGCCUACUAGACGAUAUGCCAAGAAGCCAAAACACCUAGAUGUUUUGAUUCCGUUCAAAAUUCCUUGGGAACAUUUACCAGCGCUGCAAACACAGGUAGGCAUGGGAGCAUUUGGUCACGCACGAGAUGCAAAUAUCAAAGUGGAUCAUGGUUCCAAGGAACUUGUGCAGGUCAGUGAAAGAAGCAAACUAAGACACGGAUAUGUAACCUAA